GGCGUUUUAUCAUAUAUGGCUCCUGAAAUUUUACGGGGCCAAAGCUAUACCAAAGCAGCAGAUAUUUAUAGUUUUGGUAUGAUUAUGUAUGAAGUAAUUUCUGGAUUACCUCCAUAUCAUAAUAUGAGUCACGAUAAUAAUUUAGCAAUAAAAAUUUGCCAAGGGUUUAGACCAAGAUUUAACAAUAAAGUACCUCAAUUGAUUGUGCAAUUAAUUAAAAGAUGUUUGGAUGCAAAUCCAUUAAAUCGACCAAAUGCAGAAAAAAUUAAACGACUUUUAAGUCAAUGGUUUAGAGAAUCAUCUGAAUUAAAAAAUCAUAAUGUUUAUACAGAACUUACAGAACUACAAAAGCAAAUUAUAGAAUCAGAGAAAAGCAAUAAUAAUUUAUCAAUCAGUAAUGAAUUUUCAGUCAAUUUAGGAGCAUCAUAUGAAACACAUUCUGAAGCUAUUUAUAUCAGUAGAUUACUUAAUCUUAGUAAUCUUCCUGUACCAAAGAAUUCUUAUGAUUAUUAUGAAGAGAAUGAUAAUAUAAUUAGCAUGGAAUCAUCAGUAUCUUUGUCUCUACAAAAG